GUUGAUGAAAAACAAAUUGUCACUUCGACUGGUGCACUUUCACUAGAAAAAGUACCAGAAAAAAUGGUUGUUAUUGGUGGUGGUAUUAUUGGUCUUGAAUUAGGCUCUGUAUGGAGUCGUUUAGGUUCUGACGUGACAGUUGUAGAAUAUCUUGAUUCCAUAGGUGCUGGAAUGGAUGGCGAGUGCGCCAAGUCUUUCUCAAAAAUGCUUCAAAAGCAGGGCAUUAAAUUUAAAAUGGGUACAAAAGUUAUUGAUGCUUCUAAAAAGGAUGGUAAGGUGUUCGUGAAUGUUGAACCUGCGAAGGGAGGUUCCAAGGAAACCUUGGAAGCAAAUGUAGUUCUAGUUUCAAUUGGGCGACGUCCUUAUACAGAAAAUCUUGGUUUAGAAAAUGUGGGCAUUGAACUUGAUGAAAAAGGUAGAAUCAAAAUUGACUCUCAGUUCCGUACAGCAAAAUCCAAUAUUUUUUGCAUUGGCGAUGUUACAUAUGGAGCGAUGCUAGCUCAUAAGGCUGAGGAAGAAGGAAUUGCUGCUGCUGAAUAUAUUGCUGGAGGUCAUGGCCAUGUUAAUUAUGAUGUGAUACCAUCUGUAAUUUAUACACACCCUGAAGUAGCAUGGUGUGGUAAAACCGAAGAAGAAGUAAAAGCAACGAAUAAACCAUAUCGUGUUGGUAAUUUCCCUUUCGCUGCGAAUUCUCGUGCUCGUACCAAUCUUGAUACACAGGGUUUUGUUAAGAUAAUCUCUGAUGCUGAAACGGACACUAUUUUGGGAGUACAUGUUAUUGGUCCUAAUGCUGGAGAAAUGAUUGGUGAAGCUGUGUUGGCUAUGGAAUAUGGAGCAAGUAGUGAAGAUAUUGCACGAACAUGUCACGCUCAUCCGACUCUGUCAGAAGCUCUCAAAGAAGCUG